UCUGUCGUCGUCCCUCGUGGUCUUUCUUUAAUUCAACGUCUUCUCACUCUGCUCUACCUGGUCAAUUGGUUUCUCUUCCUCGCUUUCUCAUUCUUUGAGGUCAAAGGCGACACCAUGACACCGUUUCUACCAUUACAUUAGACUUGCUCGACUCAAUCAUACAAAUUCCCACUACUAUCUGGCUCCCUCACCAUCCCUCGCUCGUUUGUCCAUGUCCUUCCUGCACUCUUCACUCAACCGUCAGGCAAUUUCAAUGUUCCUGCCAUCAUUCACCCCAGGAUAAUUGCAAUCACUGCAGCGCAGCUGGUGAACUCUAUCGCUUGGCCUCGAAACUGCCUUGUCUCUCCAUCCUCAUUCUUUCCCUUCCACUUUCCCUGAAGCUUCCUUCCCACUCCUGUCAAUACAAACCUCGCAUCCUCCGAACUUCUUGCCUUUUUGUCACUGAGAAUCAAGAAUGUAUCGAGACCGCUUCUAAUCAUUGCUCAUCAUGGAAGCCGCGCACAACCCCUGGCUGCAUCGCUUCAACCAGAUCCCUUCCCCACGACCAUUUGUCACCGUCGACAUCUCAGACAAUGGAAGCGACGAGAGCGACGACGAGAUCCUCACCAUUACUCGCCAACAAUUCGAUCAAGCCACAUCACUUCCAAACCAAACCCCUCUGCCUAAAUCAACUCGACCGCACAGCGAGAUCUCAGAUGGCCAGUUCCGACACGGUCUUUAUACUAACAAGCGUCUUCGUCUAGGUGUUCAGACUGUAGAAAGUGGGUCGAACCAACAAUCCGCCUUAUCUGACGCCUCCAAUCCCUUCGACUACGGCAUUGAGGUUAGAAACCAACGGUCAAUUGGGCCAGAUCUUGCUCAGAUUGGUUUGCAAGAACCCAUAUUCAAGCCUUCAUCUCGUCCAUCACACCCAAAUCCUGUAUCUGAUGACCUUUUACUCGCCGAUACCCUGCUCAAAUCGCAACAUGGCUCUGGCCAAGAACCGCCCUCCUACUGUGAUCCAGUAUGGGGAGUCACAAUGUAUCGGGGUCCCGGCUACGAAAAAUUCCCCAUAGUCUUGGGCGACGUCAAGGAACAUCGAGACUUCUGCAAGGAAUGGGAACUACUCAGAGUGGUAAAGCCGCAGCGAGGGCCUACGAGAUUACAUGGGACUGGAAUGAUUGCAGAGCAGCACAGCAUCGAAAGCGAUCCAGAGUCUUGUGAGGCGAUAUUGACUGACAAUGAGCGCUUGCUAAGCUCAAGAUGGGCUGAACAAUGCCUCGCAAUCGUCCUGGAUGUCUUCCCAAACGCCGCGCGCCGUUUUGUCCUGCGCCAGAUCUUAGACCACCCCUUAAGACCACAACCAAACAUGAAGAACCACCUACCUUCUACAGGCAUGGCUGAUGUAGCAAACUACAUCAUCACACGAUUGGCAGAGAUGGUGGACUACCCGAAAGAACCCAAAGUCAGAAAACCAGAGGAAGAACCUAGCGAUGGAUCGGGAACCACAAUCGAUUGGGACAAGAAUGUACCAAAAGAUGGCUCGUAUCUGGCAGAUGGUGUUGCGCUCCUGCAUAAGGAGUUUCCGUAUGUCCCGACCAUCGAUAUUUUCAGAAAGAUCGUCGAGAAUAAGUCCAUUUUUGACACCUUUUGUCACCUGCAAAACCUUGAAUCGCGGUACCACAAGCUUGAAGCCUCAAAGCGUCCAUACAGACGCCUUCAUGCUCCACGUGUUGCAUUGGAGAAGAAAUAUCAACUUAUGGGUCGGCCUGGAGCGCUGCACAACCCUAGUCGAAUUAAUGAACUUCAGGCCGCAAAACAACAUUGGUUCAGAGAACAAAACAAAAUCUCCGCCCAGCAAGAAAAUGCUGCAGCAGAAGACAGAAAUCUAGAACAUCAUAAAGCCACCGGCGCCCUCGCAGAAUGUCAAUGCUGCUUUGACUCUGAGAUCCCCCUCAAUCGCGUUGUCGGCUGUCAAGCAGAGGUUUCUCAUUUCUUCUGCUUCAGUUGCAUUUCAUCCCUAGCGGAGUCUCAGGUUGGUCUGAUGAAGUAUGAAAUGACAUGUAUGGAUGGUAGCGGAUGUAAAGCCGAAUUGUCUCCGCAUGGCGUCACAAAGGCAACAAGCACAAAGACCUAUGAUCGUCUCCAACUCAACCGACAGCAAGCUGAAAUCAUGGCGGCGGAAAUUGAGGGUCUUGCGCAGUGCCCCUUCUGUGAUUUCAAAGCAAUCUGUGACGCGGUAGAUGCGGAGCCGAUUUUCCACUGCCAAAAUCCAAACUGUGCUCGUUCAUCCUGCAGAAGAUGUGACUCGGAAAGCCACGUUCCAAAGACGUGUGAGGAGGUCAGAGAAGCCGAGGUCAACAAUCUCACAGUCCGUCACCGCGUCGAGGAGGCCAGGUCAGAGGCUGUCAUGCGGAAAUGCCCCAAGUGCAAAGUCAAGAUCGUCAAAGACCAAGGAUGCAACAAAUUAGUGUGCUCUCAGUGUAGAGUCAUCUUGUGCUAUGUUUGUCAAGCUGAUCUCACUCGCCUUGGGCACCAGGCUUAUAGCCAUUUUUCUGACGCAACAUGCCCUCUUCACGAUGUUCCAGGUCUCAACAGACAUGCCCAUGAAGCUGAAGUUGCAGAGGACGAAGUCAUCAAGAAAGCCAAGGAGGAAGAUUCUACCAUAGACGAGUCUAAACUGCGCCUCGGACGAGAUGAUGCCAAUGGUCUCGAUGCUAAGCCAGCUGGAAACACUGGCAGAAAUACCAUGGCAAUGGCUCCACAACCCUAUGCUCGGCUCACUCGCGACGUACAACAGCGUCAAUUCCAAAUGAUGAUCCGUAGGAGAAACCUGCUUAAUGAGCAGCGAAGAGCCUCACUUGCUUUACUACAGAACAACGCGACACGAAAUGACGGCCAAAACACUGGCCUACUCAAUCUGAUGAACUACGGUACCAGGCCACAGAUUUGGCACAAUGUCAACCCAGGCCAGCAUCUAGGCCCAGGUCCAGGCCAAAUACCAGGUCAGCAGCCAGGUCAACAGCCAGAUCAAUUGCUUAUUCCCCCUCCAGUUCCCAGAACAAACACACUGAACAUGAUGCAACAACCUCACCAACCCGGACCAGCAUUGGGGCGAACUCAACCUCAGAUGGACCUGACAAUGAAUUACCGAACACCGCAAAUGACACCAGAUAUGUGGAAUUUCGGAACCAUGGCGUGGCUCGACACGCCUAUCCCUACGAUGCCUCUUUUCGCAACUGAUACUGGCAAUCCUUCCGCAACUCCAUUCAGAGACUUCGUCGACUCCCCAAUGGCCCCGGAAGUCAAUAUGAUCCCGAUGCAAUCACAACUGCUAUUUCCAACGGCAGCUGCUGCUAGACAACGUGUGCAUGGCUUUCUUGGAAACGCAGACACGAACGCAAAUACAAGCAAGACAGAUGGUAGCACUCGCCCUCUUAUUCCUUAAAUGCCAAGGGCUACUUUCCCUUGGACAGAUGAAUAUGGCUUUAUUCGAGGAUGAGGACGAGGACGAGGACGAGGACGAGGACUAUAGCCCAGCCAAGGUUUAACCUGACGACAUAUACUGCUCCAUUCUCCUUUCAGCAUGUAUACUUGUUUCGUUGAAACACGAGCAGUGGAGCUACUUUACAAGACGACAGCACAAUUCAUGAUGGCAUUCCUUUUAUCCAUGAGAGUACUGUCGCAUCAUGAUCCUCGGAGUGGUGAUCACGGAGAAUGAGAUCAUUUUAAAGCGAUUCAGACAGUGGUGAACCAGCAGCUAUGAUUUGCAGAAUGAGAUGAACUGGUUCAUUUCACAGAUACGAAAGUGGGCUCGCACACUUAGACUGAGUUCAUGGGUUGCAGAUGCCAUCCUUAAAGGUUUCAAAUGAACAGCAGCCGGUGAUUUAAUAAUAAUAGACCCCUUCCAAUUCAGGCACAUAAAUCUUAA